AUGGGGAUAUAUCUCUUCAACCCUUCCAAUCAAGCCUGGGGACUCAUCACCAGAUUCUACGAUGCUUACCUGGCGAGAGCAGACGAGCAAAUCGGGCUUCAGAUCUAUGUCUUCAACACGAUAUCAACCCCGAUUCCGCUCGUGAUGAAGCAGAUUUGGAACGGCACACAGAAGGAAAACCUCCUGCCACAGCUUCAAGCGUCAACAACUUCUUCUUCUUCAGCCAUGGCCAGCAACAACAGGACAACGCUACCAAAGGUGACAAAGGUUGUCCUAAUCGGUUCGUUGUAUCGUGAAUUCUAUGAGGAGAUGAAGUAUCUGUACUAG